AUGAGACUCCCCAAACUCCUCAUUUUCUUGCUUUGGCACCUGGCUUGGCUGGACCUGGAAUUCAUCUGCACUGUGUGGGGUGCCCCUGACUUGGGCCAGAGACCCCAGGGGGCCAGGCCAGGAUUGGCCAAAGCAGAAGCCAAGGAGAGGCCCCCUCUCGCCCGGAACAUCUUCAGGCCAGGGGGUCACAGCUAUGGUGGAGGGGCCACUAGUGCCAGGGCAAAGGGGGGCACCGGGCAGACAGGAGGCUUGACACAGCCCAAGAAGGAUGAACCCAAAAAGCUGCCCUCCAGAUUGGGUGGCUCUGAACCCAAGCCAGGACACCUUCCCCAGACAAGGCAGGCUGCAACGCGGACUGUGACCCCAAAAGGACAGCUUCCCGGGGGUAAGGCACCCCCAAAGGCAGGAUCUGUCCCCAGCCCCUUCCUGCUGAAGAAGGCCAGAGAGCCUGGGCCCCUGCGAGAGCCCAAGGAGCCGUUCCGCCCGCCCCCCAUCACGCCCCAUGAGUACAUGCUCUCGCUGUACAGGACGCUGUCCGAUGCUGACAGAAAGGGAGGCAACAGCAGCGUGAAGUUGGAGGCUGGCCUGGCCAACACCAUCACCAGCUUUAUUGACAAAGGGCAAGAUGACCGAGGUCCUGUGGUCAGGAAGCAGAGGUACGUGUUUGACAUUAGUGCCCUGGAGAAGGAUGGGCUGCUAGGGGCUGAGCUGCGGAUCUUGCGGAAGAAGCCCUCGGAUACGGCCAAGCCAGGGGCCCCCAGCAGCGGGCGGACUGCCCAGCUGAAGCUGUCCAGCUGCCCCAGCGGCCGGCAGCCGGCAGCCUUGCUCGAUGUGCGCUCCGUGCCAGGCCUGGAUGGAUCUGGCUGGGAGGUGUUCGACAUCUGGAAGCUCUUCCGAAACUUUAAGAACUCGGCCCAGCUGUGCCUGGAGCUGGAGGCCUGGGAACGGGGCCGGGCCGUGGACCUCCGUGGCCUGGGCUUGGACCGGACUGCCCGGCAGGUCCACGAGAAGGCCCUGUUCCUGGUGUUUGGCCGCACCAAGAAACGGGACCUGUUCUUUAAUGAGAUUAAGGCCCGCUCUGGCCAGGAUGAUAAGACUGUGUAUGAGUACCUGUUCAGCCAGCGGCGAAAACGGCGGGCCCCACUGGCCACGCGCCAGGGCAAGCGGCCCACCAAGAACCCCAAAGCCCGCUGCAGUCGGAAGGCACUGCAUGUCAACUUCAAGGACAUGGGCUGGGACGACUGGAUCAUCGCACCCCUUGAGUACGAGGCCUUCCAUUGUGAGGGGCUUUGCGAGUUCCCCUUGCGUUCCCACCUGGAGCCCACGAACCAUGCAGUUAUCCAGACCCUGAUGAACUCCAUGGACCCCGAGUCCACGCCACCCACCUGCUGUGUGCCCACUCGGCUGAGUCCCAUCAGCAUCCUCUUCAUUGACUCCGCCAACAACGUGGUCUAUAAGCAGUAUGAGGACAUGGUUGUGGAGUCUUGUGGCUGCAGGUAG